AUGGAAUUUAUAGCUACCUAGAUUGAGUAUUUUACAAAAUAUCUUGAAUCAAAUUGGAAAAGAGGUGCUCCUGUAGUCUAUGUAAUGACAGGAAUACUGCUUAGUUCUAUAAAUUCUUUGUUAAGCAAAACUUUGGGAAUGAAUGCCAAUCAAGUUGUAUUUGGAAGAGGAAUUAUAGUAUGCAUAAUUGGAAAAUUAGUUACAUAAUAACAAAAUAUAAAUUUAUAUGGGUUUGAUGCUGGUAUUUAUAAGAAGCUACUUCUGAGAAGUCUAUUAGGUUUUUUUGCCACUCUUUUAUUCUAUACAGGAUUGUUUUAUGUUAAUAUUUCUGAAGCUUAAGUACUUAUGCAAACGACAUCUAUUUGGACUACAAUCAUAGCAAUUUAUUUUUUAAAAACAGAAUAAUUAUCAUUGAGACUUAUUAUGAAUUUUUUGUUUUGCUUUAUAGGUAUUAUAUUAUUGGUUCAACCUCCAUUUUUAAGGAAAUUAGUAGGUGAAUAUCAAAUUAAUGAUGAGAAACAAAAUUAAUUAUUAGGCUGUAUUAUUUUGCUUAUGUCUACUUUAUUAUUUUCUCUUGUUUAAGUUUUGAUUAAAAAUUUAUCACAUUGUGUAAAUAUUUUAAAUUAUAAUAAUAGGUUAAUUAGAUGGUAAUACCAUAAUAUUUUAGUAUAAUUUCGAUUAUAUUUUCAUCAUUUUUGGCAACUUGUAAUCCAAAUAUGAUAUGGAGAGUACCAAGCAUAAUAGAGUUACUUAAAUUAUGUUUGAUAGGAAUAGUUUCUUAUUUAUAAUAAUUGUUAAUGAAUAGAGCUUAUAUGAAAGGAAAUUUAACAGAAAUGGCAAUGCUUGGUUAAACCUAAUUAAUAUAUGGAUACUUAUUUGAUAUAUUGAGAGGUGCUCAUAUAUCAAUUUUAAGUAUCUGUGGAUCAAUUUUAAUAGCAAGUUCAAUCUGCAAUAGAAUUUUGGAGAAGAAUAAAGUUUAGGAUCACAUUCCUAAAUGA